ACUUAUUGAUUCGAUGAAUGGGGUCACGUUUGCGAUAAAGUGGCACGUGAGGCAAAUGCAAAUGCAAAUGCAAAUGCAGUGCGCAGCCUUAAAUUAUUCCACAAGUGGCAUUGGCAUUGGCAUUGGCAAAUUGGCUAUUUUUUGUAAGUGUCUUGGUUCCUUCCCAUUGGUAGCCAGCCAUGUACCCCUCCUCCUCUUCCUCCUCUUCCUCUUCUUCUGCCCAAUCCAUGAGCCAGGGGCUCACCCGCUACGGCUCGGCGCCGGGCUCUCUGCUCACCAGCACGGUCGAGGCCGUCAUAGGAGGAGGAGGAGGAUCGCGCCCCUACUAUUCCGGAGACUCUUCCGAGUCAACCUGCAAGGAGCAGAGGUCCUACGACGCCCACGCCCACUCUUACGGAUCCGGAUCCGCCUUGCUCCGCCAGAAAAGCUCCCCCGCCGGCUUCCUCUCCCAUCUGGCCGCCACCGCCACCGCCACCACCACCCCCAACCACAUCCACAGCGGCUUCACCAUCACGCGCCCUUCCCAAUUGAGCUUCACGCCUCACUGCCAGGACUCGGAAAAUAGUGCGACCACCAGCUUCGGAAUUGGAAUGGAGGCGUGGGACAAUUCCAUCGCCUUUUCCGCUCCCCCAACUAAGCGCUCCAAAACCACCAACGAUCCCGACAUUCUGCAUUGCCUCAACGCCUUGGAAUCUCAGUUUAGUCUGCCCCAAACGAGCCUCGAAAUGGCAACCGUCGAGAAUAUGUUGCGUAUUCCCGAAGAUUCCGUCCCUUGUAAAAUCCGUGCUAAGCGAGGUUGCGCUACUCAUCCGCGUAGCAUUGCAGAGCGGGAGAGAAGAACAAGAAUAAGUGGCAAGCUCAAGAAAUUACAGGACCUUGUACCUAACAUGGAUAAGCAAACAAGCUAUGCAGACAUGCUGGAUUUGGCCGUUCAACAUAUCAAAGGUCUUCAAACUCAAGUUCAGAAGCUUCACAAAGAACUUGAGACUUGCACUUGCGGAUGCAAACAAAGCAAAUAACAUUUUGCUUUACGAGAUUCUAUGGCAACGUGCAUAGAAGGCAAGGUUUUGAUGGCAAAGAAUGAAAACUGAUUUUGUACCGACCCACUUAAAUGAAUAAUGAAGGAACCGAAAGUUUGUAGAUUGUCAAUUCUACAAUUGUACAGUGUAUGUUGUAAUAUGGUAGUCUAGAAAAAUUUCUUCGUUUUCUUCAAGAAUUGCCUCUUGAGGUUGAUUUUCUAUUGAGAUUGUCUAUUUUCUUGUUUGGGUAAGUCUGGUACAAUUAAUGAUUUAUUUUUAUGGAAUCAGAACCAGAAUAGAAUUAUCAAAUCCUGUUCUAAGUUUGAUUCAAUUAGAAAUUAAAUCUAUUUUGUUUUAUUUCAUUCUAUUUUUAUGUUUGGUGAAUUUCUGUGGAAUUUUAUAACCAAUGAAAAUGUGUACA